GGCGACAUGAAAUGUUGUCUAACCUGCGUUAAAGAAGGAAACAAGAGAAACCCACCAGCCGCUUCUGUGACAGGAACACAACAACUUGUAUUUAUUAUAUUAAUUUGAGAGAUGAAAAGUUCCAAAACGGAAAUGAGUCCGCUGUUUUUUACGUUACCUUAACUUACACGGUUUUGGAAGUUCCGGUAGGAACCGUUCUCCUCGUCCCCCUCCACAAACCUUUGCUCAACCACGCGUCGAACAGCGUCGGUGGUGUUUUGGUGGCGGACCACCGACGCUCUGACCGGACAUGUGAGCGAUGUCUUCAGGGUCCCGGGACGUGAGCCUGGUCGGGGUGUGUGACGGGGAGCUGGACCCGGGGAGACACCGGCCCUCGUGUGUCACCAACAAGGUCGGCGGCCUGCCGGACUGGCUGCCGGGCGUCUCUCGUCAGUGUCCCCGCUGCGGUCGCUGCGGAGCCCCGCUGGCCCUCGUGUCGCAGGUGUACUGUCCGCUGGACGCGUCCCCCUUCCACCGGAACCUGCACGUGUUCGCGUGCCCGGGGGCGGAGUGCAGCGGCGGGCCGCAGGGGUGGAGGGUGCUCCGCUCCCAGGGGCUGGAGACCCAGGUGGGGGCGGCUCCUCCCCACCGGCCCGCCCCGGCUCAGGAGGCUCCUCUGUCGGCCACCGACUGGUGCGACACCGCGGAUGACUGGGGCGUCGAGGAGGAGGAGGAGGAGGAGGAGGAUGAAGGGUGGGCAGGAGGAGGAGGGGUGAAGAAGGACCAGGUUGAGGAGGAGGCAGCAGCAGCAGAAGCUCCGUCGCUCAGCGGCAGACUCCAGGAUCUCAGUCUGGGAGCAUCACACCAGGACGUUGUCCCCGUCUUCCGGUCGUUCUUCAUCAGCGUGGUGGACGAGUCGGAUCUGUGCGGCGGCGAGGACGACGACUGCGACCUGGCGCACGCUCAGGAGCUGCUGAGGGAGUACGAGAGGAGGGAGGGCGUGGCGGUCGGGGAGAUGGAAGGCGGCGGCGGCGGGGAGGAGAAGUACGAGAAGUCCAGAGCCAGACACGGAGACAACGUCUUCUCCAGGUUCAUGAAGACGAUCUCGCCGUGUCCUCAGCAGGUGCUGCGUUACUGCCGCGGCGGGCGGCCGCUCGUCAUCUCCGAGCCGCCGGCCGACCUGGCCCGGGCGGUGCCGGCGUGCGGCUCCUGCGGAGGACCCAGGACGUUCGAGCUGCAGCUGAUGCCGGCGCUGGUCAGUCUGCUGCAAAGGACGAGGAAGGACGGCGGCGCCGAGGCGGAGCUGGACUUUGGGACGUUGUUGGUUUACACCUGCGUGAACAGCUGCUGGACGACGGGCUCGGGAGCAGCUGUGGACGAGUUCUGCUUCGCUCAGGCCGACCCGGACCAGCAGCUGUUCAAAUGAGCAAACAUCUGGAUCUGAUCAACAGAAACACUCGGGACGUCUCGGUGACGUCAUCGGGGGGUGUGGUUACACACGACACUGAGACCAGCCUGAUAUUAAUUCAAAUUGAAAUAAAGGUAUACAGACAAAAAUGGAGAUAGAAGAUUUCAAAGUUUUUGAUCCUGGAGUUUAUUGAACUCCAACAAACUCUUUUCUGAUCCUCAAAAUUACAUAUUUAUGUUAUUAAAAUCUCUGAAAUAUCUUG